AUGGCUAAUCUCCGGCGAUCAGCGACCGUUCUGGUCCUCACAUUCCUCUUUGCUCUCUCAAAUGCACACAACAUAACCAAAAUCUUAGCCAAAGACCCUUCUUUCUCCACAUUCAACCACUACCUCACCGCCACUCAUCUCGCCGACGAAAUCAACCGCCGUCAAACCAUCACCGUCUUGGCCGUAGACAACUCAGCAAUGUCCUCAAUUCUUUCAAAAGGCUAUUCCCUCUACACAAUCCGCAACAUUCUCUCCCUUCACGUCCUAGUCGAUUACUUCGGUGUCAAGAAACUCCACCAGAUCACCGACGGUUCAACCUCCACAGCCUCCAUGUUCCAGUCCACCGGUUCCGCUACCGGAACUUCCGGUUACGUCAAUAUUACCGACAUUAAAGGCGGUAAAGUUGCAUUCGGUGUCCAAGACGACGAUAGUCAACUCACUGCUCAUUACGUUAAAUCACUCUUUGAGAAAGCUUACAACAUCUCAGUCCUUCACAUUAGCCAAGUCUUGACCUCACCAGAAGCAGAAGCUCCUACCGCUAGCCCUAGCGAUCUAGUACUCACGACCAUCCUCGAGAAGCAAGGAUGCAAAGCUUUCUCCGACAUCUUGAUAUCAACAAAAGCCGACAAAACGUUCCAAGACACCGUAGACGGAGGUUUAACGGUGUUCUGUCCUUCAGACAGUGCGGUCGGGAAAUUCAUGCCUAAAUUCAAAGCACUUUCAAACGCAAACAAGACCGCUUUAGUGUUGUACCAUGGCAUGCCGGUUUACCAGUCGUUGCAGAUGCUUAGGUCAGGUAACGGAGCCGUGAACACGUUAGCGACGGAAGGUGACAACAAGUUUGAUUUCACCGUUCAGAACGACGGUGAAGAAGUGACGCUUGAGACGGACGUUGUGACUGCGAAGAUAAUGGGUACGUUGAAAGAUCAAGAACCGUUGAUAAUUUACAAGAUUGAUAAAGUUUUGUUGCCUAGAGAGAUUUAUAAGGCUGUUAAAGCGGCGGCUCCGGCUCCUAAGUCGAGUAAACAUAAGCCUAAGAAUGCGGAGGCUGACGCCGACGGUCCCGCCGCUGAUGCUCCCGGAGACGAUGACGGUGAAGUAGCUGAUGAUAAAAACGGUGCCGUUUCAAGGAGUAGUGUUGUGAUGGCUAUUGUUGGGCUAUGUUUUGGAGUCUGGCUCAUGUGA